AGGAUUUAAUGAUGAAUGAGAUCAUCUCAGAAAUGAAUCACAGAAAUAGUGGCUCCGUCAAUAUCUGUGGUAGGCCUUCAUAAAAUGGGAGCUAUAAAGACUUGUUUAAAGGCUGCAAGUUGGUUUCCAGUGAUUUUCAUCUCAUUGAUAGUUGGAUGGUCUUAUUAUGCUUAUGUUGUAGAGUUAUGUUUUUAUACCCUUGCCAAAACACCUUACAAUAAUAUAGGACAAGUUGUUGUAUACCUUUUAUUCUAUCAUUUGCUACUUUUUAUGUUUGUCUGGGCAUAUGCAAAGACAAUCUUCACAACUGGAGGCUAUGUGCCUGAUGAGUUCUAUUUAUCCAAGGCAGACUUGGAAAAACUUGAGGCUGAAGAUCGAACUGACAGAAAGGAUGAAAUACUAAAACAGAUAGCGCACAACCUACCUGUAUAUACUAGAACACUAGGUGGAGGUAUGCGUUACUGUUCUAUAUGCAAAGCUGUUAAGCCAGACAGGUGUCAUCAUUGUUCAGUCUGUGAAAGGUGCAUUUUGAAGAUGGACCAUCAUUGUCCAUGGGUCAAUAAUUGUGUAGGGUUUACCAACUACAAGUAUUUUGUUCUUUUUCUGUUCUAUGCCUUGGUUUAUUGUCUCUAUGUAGCAGCCACUGUUCUUCCUUACUUCAUCAAAUUCUGGUCGGGUGAUUUGGGUGAUGAGUCGAGCAAGUUUCAUAUCUUGUUCCUGUUUUUCGCGGCCGCAAUGUUUGCCGUUAGCGUGAUGGCAUUGCUCGGAAUGCACACGCACCUUGUAUUGUCAAACAGAAGCACAUUGGAAUCUUUCCGUGCUCCUGUGUUCCGACAUGGACCAGAUAAGGAAGGCUUUAGUCGGGGAAGUUUCUGCAACAAUUUCCGUGAAAUAUUUGGAGAAGAGAAGAAAUACUGGCCACUCCCAAUAUUUACCAGCAAAGGAGAUGGUAUACGUUACCCAAUUCAGGCACGGGAUGAGGACUCGGACCGUUUGCUAGAUGAGCCUAUGGACGAUGAGGCGGCCUGUGUUGAGAGCGAGAUGACAAGUGGAGAAGAAUCCAGGGGUCCAGGAAAGGGUAACAACUUGCAUGCAAGUAUACAGGAAAGCAUCAACUACAGUACAAUCACCGAAUCCGAUAAAGCCCCUUUAACAGAAGCAGCUCAGCCAAGUGGAACUGUAAACUAUGCGAUUGAAAAUGAAACAAAGUAAUAGAUCCGAACAGAGAAUGCAUUAUAGUUUAUACACAUGUUAAAAUGAUAAAGUAAAGAUAUUGUUGUAUGCGUUUACAUGAUACAGUAACAUCCGAUCAACACCUCGGCUUGGCAUUGGUAUAUAUCAUGCAGAAGGGAGAUGAAUGCACAUGUAAACACCAUGUACCGUGUGUGUAAAUGCCAAACAUAUGUGUUAAUACCACGUGUUAAAACCAUGUGUGUAAGUACCACAUGUAAAUACCAUGUGUUUAUAUAGUGUGUGGGUAAAUAUCACAUGUCUAAAUACUGCAUGUUGAUACACUGUGCGGGUAAAUGUCACAUGAUAUUUUAAAUACCACAUGUGUAAAUACAACACUUGUAAAUAUGUGUGUACACUUGGUAGACACCAUAUGUAUACAUAUCAUGCAUGUAAAUAUUAUGUGUGUAAAAAACUAUGCGUGUGUAUACCACGUGCAAACGAUGACAUAGAGACAAUUGAAUGUAUUGCCCAUCUAUAAACUGACCAAUGUAUUAAUACAACACAUGUAGAUUUGUAGUGUAGAGACUGGACCAAAUUUUUAAAAAUUCCCAUUUUUAUUCUAGCGUUUUGGAAUAGUUUACUGGCAUUCUAACCAACAUUAUUCAGCAUUACGCAACUCACAGUCACCAUAGCUAUAUCUGUAGAAUCGCUGCACCGUGCAUGAUUGUUUACUCAUUUUAGGUCAUGUGACUCCGAUAGCUACAGUAGAUCGGCCUAUUAUAGACAGAAAUCAUGAAAGAAUAAAAAAAAAUUGUAUAAGGCCAGGAAAACUAAGCUUUAAAUUUGCUCAAGCCCGACAGACCUAAAAUCUUGAAACCUAGUGUCCAUUUUUUUUAAAGGGAUUAACCCAAAGAUGGUGUUGAAAGACUUAUGUGAUGUUUGAAAAGGGACUUUUUCAAGAUCUGAUUAAUUAAAUUGAUACGUUACCCAUUCUACCUGUGGCCUAUCUAGGGGGUGUGUGGGGGAUGGACACCCCCUAAAAAAACUUGUUUCUCUACCAAAAAAAUUUACCUCAUAUCACUAUAUUUUGGGAGCUAGUUCUCCCUCGCUUAAUCAUUGAUCUCCCACUUAACCUUCAAUUCCCCCCCCCUCCCCCUUCAAUCAGACUUCCUAUUUCAAGAUUCCUAGAUACACCAGUGCAUUCACCUAAGUGAUGGCUGCCCCUAAACCAUAUGGCCUAAACCUGUAGUACAACAAAAAUCACUGGUUAAACGAAAGAAAAUUAUCAAUUGACCAAAACUGAUUUCUCACCAUUACAGUAAUGUGUUGGCCAAGUUAACAUAUUUUUUUUUUAAUUUUUGGCCUACCGGUCAUCAACAUGUGUAGUACUUUAUUGAUAACAAAAAAUCCAAUCAGUCCUGCAUUAUGGCCUAAGAAGUGUAAAAAUAUAA